UGUCAUCACAUCACCCCACCAUAUCCCACCGUCAUCCCUCUCCUCUCCCACUCGCGCUGCAAGUAGCUCAGAGCUACUACUGUAACCCCGACAGUAUUAAAAUCUAGUGACAGCCCUUCCACCCAGACCUUUUGGAAGCUUCUGUUCUCUCCAUUCUCAUACCCCUCAAUUGAUACUCAGACCUGUAUCUAUCCAUCCUCACUCCUCUUCCCACCCGCAACCCAUAUUACCUGAAUCUCAGUCAAAAUGGUCAAGGUCGGCAUCAACGGAUUUGGCCGUAUCGGUCGUAUCGUCUUCCGCAAUGCUGUCGAGCACCCGGAGAUCGAGAUCGUCGCCGUCAACGACCCCUUCAUUGAGCCCAAGUACGCCGAGUACAUGCUCAAGUACGACUCCACCCACGGCAACUUCAAGGGUGAGAUCAAGGUCGAGGGCAACGACCUCGUUGUCAACGGCAAGACUGUCAAGUUCUACACCGAGCGCGACCCUGCUGCCAUCCCCUGGAAGGACACUGGUGCCGAGUACAUCGUCGAGUCCACCGGCGUCUUCACCACCACCGAGAAGGCCGGUGCUCACUUGAAGGGCGGUGCCAAGAAGGUCAUCAUCUCCGCCCCCUCUGCUGAUGCCCCCAUGUACGUGAUGGGCGUCAACGAGUCCAGCUACGACGGCAAGGCCGAUGUCAUCUCCAACGCUUCCUGCACCACCAACUGCUUGGCUCCUCUCGCCAAGGUCAUCCACGACAAGUUCACCAUCAUCGAGGGUCUCAUGACCACCGUCCACUCCUACACUGCUACCCAGAAGACCGUCGACGGCCCCUCCGGCAAGGACUGGCGUGGUGGCCGUGGCGCUGCUCAGAACAUCAUUCCCAGCAGCACCGGUGCCGCCAAGGCUGUCGGCAAGGUCAUUCCUGACCUCAACGGCAAGCUCACCGGCAUGUCCAUGCGUGUCCCCACCGCCAACGUCUCCGUUGUCGACCUGACUGUCCGCAUUGAGAAGGGUGCCAGCUACGACCAGAUCAAGGCCGCCGUCAAGGAGGCCGCCAACGGUCCCCUCAAGGGCGUACUUGCUUACACCGAGGAUGAGGUUGUCUCCAGCGACCUGAUUGGCAACACCAACUCCUCCAUCUUUGAUGCCAAGGCCGGUAUCUCCCUGAACGACAACUUUGUCAAGCUCGUCUCUUGGUACGACAACGAGUGGGGUUACUCCCGCCGUGUCCUGGACCUCUUGGCCUACGUCGCCAAGGUUGACGCUGGCAAAUGAAUCGACCAGCCCAAACUGUAGGGCGGUCUGUGGAUAGAAUCAUGGCAGUAGUAAUAAAGGGCCGGGACUUCUGUUCACCAAGGAAAAAGAAAAAAAACCUCCCCCCAACCCCUCCCAAAAGUGGCAUUGUGUAGCACAGCCAUGGUCACGAGACAACAUGAAUGAAAGGACAGUCAAGGCUGUGAUAGUAUGAGUUCAUGAGAAUAGAUUCCUACGCCAAUCCACAUGAUAUUACAAGACA